UGCUUAACGUGGUGGCACUCCAAUGCAUUAGCAGUUUGGUCUGGUCAGCUUAGUUCAUUGACUGUAUAUGAACCAGAACAAUUAGGGAGUGGGAUGUCUCGCUUUCUCUUCCGUCUCUGUUUCCGGUGACAACAAUCAGAAAGAAGAAUGUAAUGUGAAGGUGUUGACCUAACCAGAAACACUCUUGUCAACAAGAUGAAGAACAAAUCUGUGAAAAAGCAACACAAAAUCAUGAGGUCUAAACACCAAGACCUCAUCAAAACAGAGUGUGAAACACAGUUAGAUGAUGUUAACUGCAAAAGAGAAGAACCAGACAUUAGCCAAGCUCCCUCUCCCAACACUAAAGGGGUAACUUCCAACUCCAUCCAAAUUAAAGAGGAACCAGCAGACUUUGAAGUACAGAGUCAUUGCUUCGAUUCUAGAGCACUCCACAAGGAUUCUGGAACCGUCAUAACCAAGACUGAAACAGAUUCCGUUUACAUUAGCCAAGGAACAGUAGAGGUAAAAGCGGAGUAUGAUUCUGAUACUGAAAUACAUAAGGUGGUGGUUAAGAGAGAAACUCAAGUGUGUUUCAUGAAGGAGGAGAAUGUGGGUGAAGAAGACACAGAUGAGGACACCGAAGACGGGAGGGAUACUGACAGCAACAGAGUCUCUUCUCCUCAGUUCUUUCCUUGCACAUACUGUACCAUCUCCUUCACCAACCAUUCCUUCCUGGAGAAGCACAUCAAGUGGAACCACCAGAAGGAGUAUCUGGCCAUGUUGAGAAACAGUUUUUCAAAGAGCAGUGGAACAGAGACGCUCCCAACACACAGCUGCCUCCACUGUAGCCUCAUGUUCCAAACCCCACGGCUGCUUAGCAUUCACACCCUCCAGAUCCACCCUUCAGCCACUCCCCGGAAACCUGCCCGUCCCCACAGGGUUUCGGUGAAACUCUACACCUGCCCACAGUGUGCCCGCAGAUUCAGGUACCUGGGCAGUCUGCAAAACCACUGUGAGCUUUCACACAAAAUGGCUGUGAUCAGCACCAAUGGACACCUCAGUUGUGCCGACUGUGGGAAGAGCUUCAAGAAUUGUUGGGGACUGGGACCUCACCAGUGUCAUGAACCAGAGGGCACUGAACCUCAGGACAUUAAGCCUGUGGUCUGUCUUGAAGUCGGCUUCCAUUGCUCAGAGUGUGGCAAGAUCCUCUGUAGUCCACAGAGCCUGAACAUUCACAUGCGAAUUCACACCGGAGAGAAGCCUUAUGCCUGCAAGGAGUGUGGCAAAAGGUUUGCGGAGAGCGGCAGUUUACGCAAACACCUGCUGAUACACUCUGGAGUCAAGGCAUUUAAAUGCCAGGAAUGUGGGAAGGAUUUUGCCCGUAUGAAGGGUCUCAGGAGUCACAUGACCACUCAUUCUGGCAAAAAGCAGUACUCCUGCUCCCACUGUGACCGGCAGUUUGGAUACAAGUCUAGUCUGACCAUUCACCUACGCUCUCACACGGGUGAGAAACCCUUUCACUGCACAGAGUGUGGUAAAGACUUCUCUAUCAAGAGAAACCUGAGGCUUCACCUAAAAAUCCACAACAAUGAGAAAGGCCACCAGUGUGGGGAGUGUGGCCUGAAGGUGAUAGACAUUGGGGCGUUGAAGACACACAUGCGCUCACACACCGGCGAGAGGCCUUACCACUGCACAGUGUGCAGCAAGCAGUUCAUUCGACUGGAACAUCUGAAGAACCACCAACGCACUCACACAGGUGAGAGACCAUACGUCUGUUCGGAGUGCAGCAAGAGCUUUGCUCAGUCUGGAGAUCUCACAAAACACAUACGCACCCACACUGGAGAGAAGCCGUAUGAAUGUUCUGUCUGCCACGGCUGUUAUACCUCUUCAGGGGAUCUGGGCAAACAUAUGAGGAUACACAAUGGCUCACGGCCCUUUCCCUGCCAGGAGUGUGACAAAAGCUUUCGCUUGGUCGGCCACCUUAAAACUCACAUGAGGACCCACACUGGGGAGAGACCGUACUCCUGCCCCCGCUGCCUCCGGACCUUCGCUCGCACCCACCACCUCUCUGUUCACCUGGCUCAGUGUCGAUGAUUGAUGAUAAUGAUUUGCCUGGUUGUGUUGCGCCUUUCUCAAAUUCAUUGCUUUAUGGGGGUAACUCACCCUUUCCACUACUCCCAAUGUGUAGCCCUUACCUGGGGGGGCAGCCAUAUUUCACCAGAACACUGAGGUGGGGCAUUUGGCUGACUAUUACAGCGGACAAACAAGAUGAUGUAGGAAGCGUCAAUUCGAAGGUCUAAGAGCUCCAGACAUUGACACUCCGCUAGAUACAGCUAGAUGUUGGGUAGAGUUUUUAGUUGGCAUGCAGUUUCAGGUUUGUUUUCUGGACAUUAAAGGGAUAGUUCAAAGUACAAAUUAAUCUAAUUUCCCACUUACCGUGGCUGUAGGUGUAGAUGAUUCAUCAAAACGUCAAAAUUUGAUUAUAGAGCAAUAAAGUGACUUAAAUGUAAGGUAGACGUCUGUCAUGUCAAUUACUAUUUUGGGUGAAUUAUAUCUGUUUUGUGCUAUAUCUAAAAUCAUGACACUAUUUUACUGAAUGUAUGACAACAAUUUUCUGAUGAAGGUGAGCAGAGUGGGUCUGCAGUACAAUCGUGGCUAACAGUUUUGAGAAUGACACACAUUAAUUUUCAGUCUGCUGCCUCAGUUUGUAUGAUGGCAAUUUGCAUAUACUCCAGAAUGUUGUGAAGAGUGAUCAGAUGAAUUGCAAUUAAUUGCAAAGUCCCUCUUUGCCAUUCAAAUGAACUAAAUCCCCCAAAAACAUUUCCACUGCAUUCCAGCCCUGCCACAAAAGGACCAGCUGACAUCAUGUCAGUGAUUCUCUCGUUAACACAGGUGUGAGUGUUGAAGAGGACAAGGCUGGAGAUCACUGUCAUGCUGAUUGAGUUUGAAUAACAGACUGGAAGCUUCAAAAGGAGGGUGGUGCUUGGAAUCAUUGUUCUUCCUCUGUCAACCAUAGUUACCUGCAAGGAAACACAUUCCGCCAUCAUUGCUUUGCACAAAAAAGAGCUUCACAGGCAAAGAUAUUGCUGCCAGUAAGAUUGCACCUAAAUCAACCAUUUAUCGGACCUUCAAGGAGAGCGGUUCAAUUUUUGUGAAGAAGGCUUCAAGGUGCCCAAGAAAGUAAAGCAAGUGCCAGGACAGUCUCCCACAGUUGAUUCAGCUGCGGGAUCGGGGCACCACCAGUACAAAGCUCGCUCAGGAAUGGCAGAAGUCAGGUGUGAGUGCAUCUGCAUGCACAGUGAGGCAAAGACUUUUGGAGGAUGUUCUGGUGUCAAGAAGGGCAGCGAAGAAGCCACUUCUCUCCAGGAAAAACAUCAGGGACAGACUGAUAUUCUGCAAAAGGUACAGGGAUUGGACUGCUUUUCUCUGAGUCCCUUUUCUGAUUGUUUGGGGCAUCUGGAAAAAAGCUUGUCCGGAGAAGACAAGGUGAGCGCUACCGUCAGUCCUGUGUCAUGCCAACAGUAAAGCAUCCUGAGACAUUUCAUGUGUGGGGUUGCUUCUCAGCCAAGGGAGUGGGCUCACUCACAAUUUUGCAUAAGAACACAGCCAUGAAUAAAGAAUGGUACCAACACAUCCUCUGAGAGCAACUUCUCACAACCGUCCAGGAACAGUUUGGUGACGAGCAAUGCCUUUUCCAGCAUGAUGGAGCACCUUGCCAUAAGGCAAAAGUGAUAACUAAGUGGCUCGGGAAACAAAACAUAUAUAUUUUGUCCAGGAAACUCCCCAGACCUUAAUCCCAUUGAGAACUUGUGGUCAAUCCUCAAGAGGCAGGUGGACAAACAAAAACCCACAUUCUAACAAACUCCAAGCAUUGAUUAUGCAAGAAUGGGCUGCCACCAGUCAGGAUGUGGCCCAGAAGUGAAUUGACAACAUGCCAUGGCGGAUUGCAGAGGUCUUGAAAAAGAAGGGACAACACUGCAAAUAUUGACUUUUUGCAUCAACUUCAUUUAAUUCUCAAGAAAAGCCUUUUACACUAAUGAAAUGCUUGUAAUUAUACUUCAUUAUUACAUUAUUACAUAGUAACAUCUGACAAAAAUAUCUAAAGACACUGAAGCAGCAAACUUUUUGGGAAUUAAUAUUUGUCAAAACUUUUGGCCAUGACUGUACAUACAAGAAACAAAUACUCUUUAUACCGCCUAUGUACUGAAUCUAUAAUCUACUUUAACUGAUAGUGUUGUCUUGGUGUGUGUGAUAAAUAGUUGUGUGUAACUGAUUAAUUACACUACCUUUCAAAAGUUUGUGGUCACUUAGAAAUGUCCCUUGUUUUUGAAAGAAAAGCACUUUUUGCUGUCCAUUAAAAUAACAUCAAAUUGAUCAGAAAAACAGUGUAGACAUUGUCAAUGUUGUAAAUGACUAUUGUAGCUGGAAAUGGCUGAUUUUUAAUGGAAUAUCGACAUAAGCGUACAGAGGCCCAUUAUCAGUAUCCAUCACUCCUGUGUUCUAAUGGCAUGUUGUGUUAGCUAAUCCAAGUUUAUCAUUUUAAAAGGCUAAUUUGAUCAUUAGAAUUGCAUUUAUGUUAGCACAGCUGAAAACUGUUGUUCUGAUUAAAGAAGGAAUAAAACGGGCCUUCUUUAGACUAGUUGAAUAUCUGGAGCAUCAGCAUUUGUGGGUUUUAUUACAGGCUCAAAAUGGCCAGAAACAAAGAACGUUCUUCUGAAACUCGUCAGUCUUCUUGUUCUUAAAAAAGAAGGCUAUUCCAUGCAAGAAAUUGCCAAGAAACUGAAGAUCUCGUACAACGCUGUGUGCUACUCCCUUCACAGAACAGCGCAAACUGGCUCUAACCAGAAUGGAAAGAGAAGUGGGAGGCCCUGGUGCCAACUGAGCAAGAGGACCAGUAAAUUAGAAUGUCUAGUUUGAGAAACAGAUGCCUUACAAGUCCUCAACUGUCAGUUUCAUUAAAUAGUACUUGCAAAACACCAGUCUCAACUUCAACAUUGAAGAGGUGACUCCGGGAUGCUGGCCUUCUAGUCAGAGUUGCAAAGAAAAAGCCAUAUCUCAGACUGGUCAAUAAAAUAUUGAGAUGGGCAAAAGAACACAGACACUGGACAGAGGAACUCUGCCUAGAAGGCCAGCAUCCCGUAGUCGCUGCUUCACUGUUGACGUUGAGACUGGUGUUUUGCGGGUACUUUUUAAUGAAGCUGCCAGUUGAGGACUUCUGAGGCGUCUGUUUCUCAAAGUAGACACACUAAUGGACAAACAAAUUACUUUUCUUUCAAAAACAAGGACCUUUCUAAGUGACCCCAAACUUUUGAACGAUAGUGUACAUUGUAUUUAUUCUAAAUGAUUAGGCAACUGUUAUUAUAAGAAUGUGUCAAUGACUUGAUAUCUACUAAGUCAUUACAUUGACUAAUAAAUAUGAACAACGUUAAGGCUGUUUAACCAAACCAUGCACAAUGCAAUAAAUUAUUUCAAAAAAUGG